GUGGACUACAUCCUGGGCAAGAACCCCCUGAACAUGUCCUACGUGGUGGGUUUCACUGCCAACUACCCGCGCCGCAUCCACCACCGCGGGGCGUCCGUGGUGUCGUUCAACGUGGACCCGCGCCCCAUUGCAUGCGGCGCCUCCUUCACCUACCUCUACGUGGACGCGCCCAACCCCAACGUGCACAUCGGCGCUGUGGUUGGCGGGCCCAAGGGCGACGGGACGGACAGCUAUUCGGAUGUGCGCAACAGCUACGAGUACGGCGAGCCCACCACCUACAACAACCCGGGCCUCGUUGGCGCUCUCGCCCGCCUGCUAGUUGGCGCUCUCCCGCCUGGCCCCCCGCCCCCGCCCUCCCCGCCCUCUCCCCCUCCCCCCCCCAGCCCGCCUCCAUCCCCCCCUUCUCCGCCCAGCCCCCCGCCUGCUCCACCCUCGCCCCCACCGCCACCGUUUUCAGACGUGACGGUGCUGUGCUCCAUCGUGUCGUCCUGGACCGACAGCAACGGCCCACAGAAGCAGUGGAACUGCGAGGUGCGCAACGAGGGCAUCUACGCCGUGCGCGGGAUCACCCUAUCCGGCUCCUCCUUCUCCCCCAACUCCCUCUGGAACAUCGACCGCUCACUUGUCCUCCCCGACUGGGCGGCCAACCUCAACCCCGGCGGGUCGGCGGGGUUUGGCUUCAUCCAGGAUGCGGCACUCACGCCCGUGUUCCGGGUGGUGGCGUAUACGUCGAGUGCGCCUCCUUCCCCGCCCGUCACUGCACAGCCGCCGCCCCCACCGUCGCCACCACCAGCACCAGCGCCGACACCGACACAGCCACCACCUUCACCCCCUGCGGUUAAACCCCCUCCUCCUUCGCCUCCAAUCCAGCCCCCUUCCCCGCCGCCCAAGCCGCCGAGCCCCCCGCCUCCUGUGAAAACCCCGAUCACGUUCGUCCAGACCAUCGACGCCACGGUGCCGCCGUCCUUCAACGUGUUCAACGUGACGAUCAUCAACUACACCAACAAGACUGUCACCUCGCUCAAGAUCCAAGCCAAGGGCCUCGCCCCCCUCGCACGCUGGGGGCUCAUAGACCACCCCACCGCCCCCGGCUACUUCACCCUCGUCCCGAAGACGUUCCCGAUUCGCCCCAAUGAGGCGGUUACACAGCUGGGGUAUCUGCAGUAUGGGGCUGGGGCCACGUUCACGGCUGCAGCGUUUACCACCGCGCCUGCUCCCCCCUCGCCGCCUAGGAGACCCCCUCCGCCUCCCCCGCCGAAACGGCCACCGCCGCCACCGGUGGUUUGAGAGAUGGAGAAUAUGGGAAUGAGGGGAAUGAGAAGGGGUGGGGGGUGGGGGGGGGGGAGACGAGUGAGUUGGAGUGUGAGGGGAGAGGAGUGAACGUGCGUUGCGGGAAUAAGGGGCAGGGGCAGGAAGAGACGAGAUUGGGUAGCAAGACGGAGAGCGGUGGAGGGGAGGAGAGUGCACUGUGUGCAGUGAGUCAGUGACAACAGAAGAGGCAGGUGGAUGGAUGCUCAAAUCUGGAUGGGCUGUUACAGUCAGUGCUGGCUCGUGGUGGCUCGUGGUGGUUGGUGGUGGUCGGUGGUGGUUGGUAGUGGUGGAGGUAGAAGCUGGCAGCUCCCUUUGAGAGUGGCUGGUUGGUGGUUGGUUGGUGGUUGUUUGGUGGUUGUUUGGUGGUUGGUUGGUUGGUACCUGUUGAUUGUGGUUAUGUGAAGUGGUGGACAUGUAGUGUAUGCCGCCGGCAGUGCGCCAAACAAGCAUCUAGCCAUCCAUUGUGAUUCAUGCUGCAUUCCAUUGCCAUGCCAACCAAUGACAAUAUAGGCCGCACUGACGAAGAAGCCGACAAGGCUGCUCUGCUCUCCUCCAGGACAGGACGCUUCACAUAACAAAACACCACCAGCACACUAGCUGCAGAGAAUGCCAUAGCACUCGCUGCAAAGAAGCACAAAUGCCCCUG